UUGAUUGGUUUGCGUAGAUAACACAUCGGGCAGGUUCGGCUUCGUGAUUAGUAAUGAAUCGUGCACCCGGGGGGGUUACACGGGGUGCGCACUUUACGGCUGCAUUACAUUUAUUAUAAGUAUAUUUUCAGCUAUUAAAACAAAUCCGGAGGCUUAAUAGAUCUGUUCGUUUUUUAGUGGAUCUCUGGUUUUGGGAAUAUAAUGUAAUGUGAGAAAUACCUUUUUUGUGUCUGGUGGUCGGUAAUUAAAUAUUUUGGGGAUAUGUGAGUCCAGUUAGGAAAUGUUACAGCCUCUGAUUUUCUUGUAAUCAGAGAAAUUAAAAUAAUGGGGAUUAAAAUGUGCCCCCCGUGCGCUGGGAUAUAGACGUACUGUUUAUAGUUGGAGCUGCAGACUGGGAAAUGCCCCCUACUGUACGCUGCUCGUUUUUCCGGGUGGCCCUUGUGGCCCUUCUGCUGGUUGCCCUUCUCCAGCUUCUUUACCUGUCCCUCCUGUCCAAUCUACAUGGACAGCAGCAGCAGAGAUUUGCUCACCCGGCCCAUGGGGGCACGGUUCACACGGAGUCACGAUGGCAAAAGGAGCACAAAGAGCACCUCAAGUCAGUCUUGGCUGGUGGUGGAGUGCUUGAUGCCAGCGGGCAGUACCGAAUCUACCGAAAUCUGGUUACGCACGAAGAAGGCCGUUGGGGAAACGUAGAUGUUGCCCUGGCAUCCCAUGCAAGCCUUAGCAACUUAGGGCAUUUGGAAGAGCUGGUACAGCGGUGGGAUGGUAGGAUUUCACUGGCUGUCUUUGCUUCUAGUUCUUCCCAAGCAAAGCUGGCCACUGUCCUAGUGUAUGCCUUGGCUCAACUGUGUCCCCCUGUGAGGCAAAGGGUAUCCUUCCACCUGGUCUGCCAGUCUGGAGACAUGGCAGCCAUUCCAGAGUUGGAAGACCAGGCAGAGUUUGCCCGUCUUCGUACAUGUCAGUCGGUGUUUGCCAAGGCGUCAGGCUUGGGCACUAAUGUGAUAAACUAUUCUGGAAAUGCCUCAUACCCCAACAACUUACUGAGAAAUGUUGCUAGGGCUGGUGUUAAAAGUGCUCCGUUCACCCUUGUAGUAGACAUUGAUAUGGUGCCCAGUGAAGGACUGAGGGCAGGAUUUUUGGCUCUCGUAGCUGGGGGGGUAGAUCCCCGUACGGUGUUCGUGGUGCCUGCCUUUGAGAUCCGUCAUACUCGGCGUCUUCCUGGUACCAAAGAGGAACUCCUGCGACUCUACCAAGUAGGCGAAGUGCGGGCAUUCUAUGAAGAGCUGUGUGCCAAGUGCCAGGCACCUACAAAUUAUUCUCACUGGCUAAACCUGCCGGAUAAGGAAAGCACUUCCAAGCUGGGUGUUGCGUACCUUGUGGACUGGAAGGACCCAUGGGAGCCAUUUUACAUUGGAGGCGCUGAAGUUCCACCCUACGAUGAGAGGUUCAAGCAGUAUGGCUUUAACAGAAUUAGCCAGGCUUGUGAAUUGAACAUGGCUGGCUUCUCUUUUGCUGUGCUGGACUCUGCCUUCUUGCUUCACAAAGGCCACAAAUCACCCGGGGACUUUCACAGCCAGAAAGAGGCAGAGAACCGGAGGAACCGUCAGCUGUAUAGAGGCUUUAAGGAAGAACUAAAGAAUAAAUACCCCGACUCAAGCCGACGUUGCUAAUAUGAUUAAAACCUGUAGGACUGGCUGGACUUGGUGUUUGCUCUUUAUAUUUUUCCUUAUCGUGUCCUGAGUGUAAAAGGGAAAAAGAAACAAAACACUUUUAUGUUUUCUAUUUAGGAACCUGAACUUCACGCCUGACCUCGAGACCUGAGCAUCCCUUCUGUAACUAUUUAUUGAUUGUAUCUCCUCGGUAUCUUUGUAUAGAAUGUGACCUUUCCCUUUUAAACAAAUACGGACUCUAAUCAAUGUAUUAAGCUGUUGCUAUACUGUUAAGUAUUACACUGGAUCUAUAGUAUUAUAUCAUAAAUAUAUUUGGAAUAAGAAUGUAAGAAAUAAUCCUUUGCUAGCCAGUUCAUGGGGAAAAAAUGCAAAUGUCCCUCAGGAAGCUUAUGUACUAUUUGUUUUUUUUUUUCUCUCUGUAAUUUGACUUCUUGUUUCACACUCCAUAAGUGAAGUUUUACUUGCCAUUUGCUAAUAUUAGUUUAAUAAAAUGUGAAAUUUUGUACAAAGCAUCUCUUCGGUCCAGUAAUAAACUUAAAGGGACACCGCCUGUAAAAA